AUGGACAAGAACGAGGAGCCAUCGUCCGUCAAAGCGAGCAUCAAGUACAUCAAGUGGCAGGAAUUAUAUGAAAAGGAAAAGCCAUUUCAAAUUUUUAUCGACAUUCGAAAAGACGCCGUCGAUCAAAGAUACCACAAUCUGGUAUUCGAGAACAAGCAGGAAACGUUCUUCAACAUCAGGGGCCGGGAGCAAGAGUUUCGACUUGACGAUCAUGGCUUCGCCUAUCACCACCACCACUUCAACUUCGACGAUUAUGAAGAUCGGGUUAGUGUAGAGAGCAGCUAUCUGCCACAGGUCGAGAGUUUUAUCAGAAACGAAGUAGAAGAAGUGGACAAAGUCUUCUUCUUCGAUUGGAGAUUGCGACAUAGCGGUUCAUAUCCCAAAGGAACCGAGAUCGACUUGAACGAUCCUACUGACUGGCUCCUGCCUUCCAUACAUGCUCACAUCGACCAAGCACCUGGAGCCGUGCUGAAUCGUACCCUGCUGCAGUUGCCCGAUGAAGCAGAGUUUCUACUACGAGGCAGAGUGAGAGUAAUCACAGUGUGGAAGCCGCUGCGAAAUCCCGUUGAAGAUUGGCCUUUGGCUGUGUGCGAUGGAAGCAAUGUCGAGUACAGCGAUAUGGUCGAAACAGAUCAUGUGAGGCGACUUUACACUGGUGCAAACAUGAAUGUGAUGCACAGGGCAAAGUACCGUUGGCAUUAUUUGCACAAGCAAUCUGAAUCGGAGGUGCUCCUGUUGAAGCAAUUCGACUCCGCUUCAAAUGUAAAAGCUAGAUUCUCUCCUCACGUCUCAUUCGAACACCCGAAUGUACCCACUGGUGCACCAAGACGAGAAAGCAUUGAGGUGAGGGCCUUGGUCUUCACAUACGCACAUCCGAAUGGUUCAUCCUAA